UGAAGAAUUCUUGCGUGUCACUGUGUCACAUUGUGUUUAUGUCGGCGUUGUUUGCAUGUGUUUGGGAUGCAAAUUAUUUAGAAAUUAAAAAAAAUUUAAAUUCAAAAAUUCAUUGUCAUCAUUAUCAUCAUCAUCAAAAUUGAAAUUGCAAAAAAAUAUUAAUAAAUCAAUAUGCCUGUCAUUCAUGUUGAAAAUGAUGAAGCAUUUCUCAAUCAUUUGGGCCAUAAUGGAAUCGUUGUUGUUGAUUUUACCGCCAGUUGGUGUGGACCAUGUCAACGUAUUGCACCGGUAUUCGAACGUCUAUCACAUGAAUAUUCGGCUCGUGGUGUAAAAUUUCUAAAAGUUGAUGUCGAUGAAUGUCAGGAUACAGCACGUAAUAAUAAUGUAACAGCAAUGCCAACGUUCAUAUUUUUCAAGAAUCGUGUGGCCAUCAAUCGAAUGCAAGGUGCCGAUCCAACAAGUUUGGAAACAAAAUUACGUGAAAUUGUCAAUUCACAAGAAAAUUUGGCCACCGCAGCGGCUGAAUCUGGUGUGGCCGGUUUUAUGGAUCUAUCAUCGUUCAUUAAUAAAACACAAUCAGAAUGCUUAAAUGAAUGUGAUAAUAAUAAUCUUGGCCAUGCAUUAUUACCUGGAUCAGGAUUUUAUCUACAAUCCGAUUGUGAUGAACAGCUCAUCAUUAAUUUGGCUUUUAAUCAACCGGUCAAGAUUCAUUCAUUGAAAUUAACGGCACCAGCUUCAAAUGGUCCUAAACGAAUUAAAUUGUUUAUCAAUCAACCACGAACAUUGGAUUUUGAUCAAGCUAGUUCUAUGGAACCAAUUCAAACGAUUGAUGUGGCCAUCGAUGAUCUAGUUAAAGCUAAUCCGAUACCAUUACGUUUUGUUAAAUUUCAAAAUGUUCAAAAUUUAAUUAUGUUUGUUGAAAACAAUCAAUCCGGUACCGAUUGUACACGUAUUGAUAAUAUAACAUUAAUUGGUCAAACAGUGAGCAGUACGAAUAUGUCGGAAUUUAAACGAAUUGCCGGUAAAAAAGGUGAAAGCCAUUAGACCGUUCAAGAAUGGAUUAUUUUUUUUUCUUUAAAUCUUGGGAAUUUUCUUUUUCUUUUUGAUGAUAAUUUUUAAUUUUGAAUAAA